CCGUCUGCUCAACCUUUCUCUCUCAAAACUGCUUCCGUCUCUUCGCCGCCACAACCAUGAAAUCUUCUCACCAUCACCACUAAGAAAGAAAAACAAACACAGAUCAAGUGAUAGAAAAGUUUCAUCACUGUGAUUUCUUGGAUUUUGAAUCUCUGAUACAAACCCCUUUUUGUUGUUUGAUUAUAUCAAAUGUAAAACAAUUCUUCAAGGGCUAUAUAUAAAUAAGGUUCAGGGUUAAUAUGUAUUGAUGACCCAACUAAUUCUUCAAUAUUGUUCAUGAUCUUAACACUUUCUUUAUUUAUGGAAUUGGUAUUUUGUAUUUUGAUAAAUUCUCAUCAAAGUUCUCUCUGAUUCAACAAUUGUGAAAUAACCAUUAUCAUCUUCAUCAAAGUAUAGUUAAUUAUCAAUAUGCCCUCCGAUUUCCGUUUUUUUUUUGCUAAGCAUAAAUAUUACCUUUUUGCUCUCAAAUUAUAUUUUCCUUUUCGAUUCUGUUUUGCGAAGAUAAGGGCAACAUGGGAAAACACAAUUUACAGCUUCACCCUGCUACAGUAAGGGCUGUUGGCUUUAUAUAAUAGAAUAGAUAGAUUAGAUAUCUAGAAAUACUUGCUGGAUUGCGGCAGUACCAACUACCAAGUUACCACACCCAACUGAGCGAGCGUUAAAUACAUCGCCAAAACAAAAUGAGCCUAAUACCAAAUUUUUUUUACCGCUGAUUCAGUUCGACAAUCCACUAUCGAAACCCUAAUUUUUUAUUUCUUCGUCUUUCCCAAUUUUCCUAUCCUCUAUAUAGUUCCUUAUGAAUUCUCAGAAACCCCAGUAUACAAAUCGUUCGCUGUAUUAUCAGAAGUAUUAGAAUCCGUACGCGUUUAAUCAAUCGGCAUGGGUUACGAAAAUGAUCCGUACCGUGAUGAAGAUGGUGAGCCAUUAAUGGAUCCCGACAUGGGUUUCGAUCAAGAGGCUGAAGAUAACGAAGAAGAUUGGAGAGAAGAAAGGGAACCUACUCCAAUUCAUAAUUACGAUCCUGAUAAAGUUGGUAAACCAAGGAAAAGACUUAUAAAGAAGAGUACAAGAGAUGAUUUUGAUGUUGGUGGUGAUGAAGCAGCAAUGAAUUUUGUUAGAGAUGAUUUUGAGAAUGAUGAUAAUCAUCAGAUGUAUAACAAUAGUAAGAGGAAAAGUUCCAGUGGUGCUGGUGGGAGUGGAAAGAAAGAAAAGAGGAUGAAAUCAUCUGAGAGAAGAAUUGAGAGAGGAGGUGGGUACAAAAAUAGUUCAAGAAGUGCUGGAGGAAGUUCUGGAAAAUCAAGUUCUAGGGCUAAUAAUGGUGUUGAUCCUGAACUUGAAAGAGAUAUGUGGAAUACAGUUGCCGGUGGAAAUUCUGAGGAUGAUGAAGAGGGUGUCAAGAAUAUGGAUGACGAAAACUUUAUCGAUGAUACAGGAGUGGAUCCUGCUGACCGUUAUGGAAGUGAUAAUGAACGAUAUGUUCGUGAUGCUCCUCAGGCUGAGGAGGGUGAAGAAGAUGAUGAAGUGGAAAGGCUCUUUAAGGGUGGUAAGAAAAAGAAGAAACCUGAGAAGUCAGCUGCGGAAAUGGCUUUGGUAGUUGAGCAUCUUAUGGCUGAGCUUGAACUUACGGCUGAGAAUGACGCAGAGUUGAAUAUGGAGAAUAAACCCGCGGUUGAAAAACUCAAGAAGUUGCCUCUUCUUAUUGAGGUUCUAUCGAAGAAACAAUUUCAGCUAGAGUUCUUAGAUCGUGGGGUCCUAACACUUCUGAAGAAUUGGCUUGAACCCCUUCCUGAUGGAAGCUUACCCAACAUAAAUAUCCGUACCGCAAUAUUGAAAAUACUAACUGAUUUUCCCAUUGAUCUAGAGCAAAAUGAUAGGAGGGAGCAGCUGAAGAAUAGUGGUCUCGGAAAGGUCAUCAUGUUUUUGUCAAGAUCUGAUGAAGAGACGACAGGCAAUAGACGACUUGCCAAGGACUUGGUUGAUAAAUGGAGUCGACCAAUAUUCAACAAAAGCACGCGAUUUGAGGAUAUGAAGCACAAUGAAGAUGAUAGAGUUCCCUACAGGAGACCGCCGGCGAAAAAACGGAUGGACAAAGCUGCAGCACUGGACUCUAGAGAUGAUGAUCUUGAUGAGUUUUCACGGGAGAGGAAAUCUGGUGAAUCAUCUUCCAGGCAGCAUGCCUCUAGGCCCGAAGCAGCACCUUUGGAUUUCAUGGUGCGCCCACAAUCAAAAAUAGAUCCAGAUGAGAUAAGAGCUCGAGCUAAACAAGUUGUACAUGAUCAGCGCAGGGUAAAGAUGAAUAAGAAGCUGCAGCAGUUGAAAGCACCAAAGAAGAAAAUGCUUCAAGCAUCAAAGCUCAGUGUAGAGGGUCGGGGCAUGGUCAAGUUCUUUUAGUUUAUGUACUGCAAUUGAACUGCUGAUCUAUCGUUCUACUAUCUGUUUGUUAUACAAUUUCUAAAACUUUUAAUAACAAUCCUCGAGCUUAAAUCAGGAUGCGGUCCUAUGUAAUUCUCUGAAGCUUUAAUUAAAUCACUAUGCAGUCCUAUAUAAUUCUCAUAAAGCACUUUGGUGCCAAUUGCCAAACGGUUCAAACCCUG